CCAUAAACUGACUGCUCGUAGAGAAGGGUGAAUUCACAUCACUGGCCCAAAGUUCAGUAAACUCGCGCAAAUCAAAUAAAACCAAAGCGUAUUGCUGAACCUCGUCGUACCACGAAGAAGAGUGGCACGUCACGCGUGCUGACGUGGACUCGUUCGCCACAGAGUUUCGCUCUCGUGGAGUUUGCCGUGGCCCCUUCGGUCAGCAGUGGCCACGAGCAGGCACUUGCAGGGGCUACUCCUUUACUUCGCAUACGCGUCUCGUUCACGAGUGGCACGACCUGCUCGUGGAAAGGGAGCGUAUUUUAUAUAUACAUCGGCAUCCACUCCUACCGAUGUCCCAGACAGCCUUCGCUCGCGCAAACUGCACUUAAAUCGGAUACUAAACGAUUGGCUUUGACACUCGGUGCCAAUUGACUCGAAUCCAAGGUUCAUCGGCGCGCACAACUGCGGUUUUGUCGGCGGUGUGACGACGCCCAGAGCUCACUCGGCUAGAGUGGGAUUCGUUUUCUGAGCGUGGGAUCCGGCGACAGACUCUCCGCGAGACUCCGCAAGACUCCAGAGUACUCCGGGAUGCAGAGGCCCGGAAUGAAGUUGGUGCGGGGGGUGCCCAUGCUGGACUUCCUCGCGGACAAGUGGAGCUGCGUGGAGCAGCUCCAGGCCCGCUCCGAUGACCUCGUCAUCGCCACAUACCCCAAGGCUGGCACCACGUGGAUGCAGGAGAUCGUGGAUCUGGUGAUAAACGUCGCGGACUUGGCACACAACCGCCGCGCGACCAUCGAUGACCGCAUGAUCUUCAUGGAGUGGAGCUGCGGUCCCGGGGAACCGCCAGAGCUUCGUAGUGGCGUGGAGCUGCUCGAUGAAUUUCCGUCUCCUCGCGUCAUCAAGACCCACGUUCCCUACAAGCUCUUUCCCUCUUCCUUCUGGGCGGAGGACUGCAAAGUGAUCUAUGUGGCUCGGAACGCUAAAGAUAACGCCGUCUCCUACUUCCACUUCGACCGCAUGAAUCGGCAGCAGCCGGAGCCCGGCUCCUGGGAGGAAUACCUCCCACGUUUCGUGGCCGGCAGCGUGCCGUGGGGCUCCUGGUACGAUCACGUGACCGGCUGGUGGAACGCGAGAGAGAAGCACCGGAUCCUGUACUUCUUCUAUGAAGACAUGAAGGAGAAUCCCCUACGGGAGGUGUCUCGGGUUGCCGACUUCAUCGAGCGGCCGCUGUCGGAGCGGCAGCUGCAGGAGGUGGUGCGGCUCAGCUCGUUCUCGGUCAUGAAAAACAACCCCAUGAGCAACUACAGCCACCUGCCGCCCACCCUCAUGGACCAGACCGUGUCACCGUUCAUGCGCAAGGGGGAGGUGGGUGACUGGAAGAAUCACUUCUCUGCAUCGCAGCUGGAAGCGUUUGAGCAAGACUACAGCAAGAAGAUGCCCGCUGAUGGGCCGAGCUUCCGUGACACUCUGCCCUGACAAACUCAGGAUCCACUCAAGCCCCGGAGUUCAUUCGACUUUGUUCUGACUUUGUUCUGGCUUUUCAACUCCGCAUCUACAAGUGAAUGCGGAUAACUCGCUCCGUACUUUUGGUUUUGUGCAUUCAUUGUUUGCACCUCAGAUCUUCAUUGGGAUAGAGAUGUUGUCUAAGCGAGACCUCCCCCACCCCUGGCUAUAAACGUUCACUUGAGAAACAGGAGAUUAAGAGAUGCAUUCAACGCCUUGUCAUGUUUUUUUAUUAAUAAGGUAACGCACUGGGAAUAAUUUUAGGGAGGUUUACUUUAAUGUUGAGAUUGAGUGUUUGAGGCACGAAUAUUGUCGGCGGUACGGGGUACAGAAUGGGUCAGGGAGGUUUGACCAAAGCAACUGGAGGAAAACACGUGUGAUGUUUGAAUUUGGACCUCACGAUAAGAUCGGGUAAGCGAGUGGAUUAUUAACUUUGCUUUUGUGUCCUGGUCACAAAAGCAAAGUUUUUGGGGAACAAUGGCCAUUUGCUGAACUUUUGAGGCAUAAGCAAUAAGGAAAUAACAUUACCCAGUGACAAUAUUUGGUUUAUGUUCUUAGGUUUUUUCGGUAAAGUCACGUAGGUGACUUUACCGAAAAAACCUAAGAACAAGUCACGUAGGUGACUUUACCGAAAAAACGUGACUUUAUCGAAAAAAACCUAAGAAUAUGAAUAAUUGCAGUCACGAAAGCUUCAAAUCUAGAAUAUUUGGUUUGUGACGCAGUUUUAUCGCGGGGGUGGGGCGGUCUAAAAAUGAGUUUGGUGGCUCGAGACGCGUCGAUUCUCAGCAAUUGCGCGUCCUUCUGUUCAGCGGCAGGGCGGACGCGCUAUGACGAUAUCAGUAAGACCCCGACGGCUUUAUAACGAACUGUUCACGGAAACGACGCUCACACCACUACCACCGCCGGUGCCGUGAACGAAGAGUUCUGCUUCAUCCAGCGCUCCAGAGUGUUCGUGCGAUCAUGGAUCCGUCCGACUUUGGUAACGUGGCGGGCGUAUUUCGCGGGCUCUUUGAGUGCGGUGUGUGACAAACCAGAGGUUACCGUAUCGCCCUGUGAAGUUUGAAUUGAAAUUGCUCGUCGCGUGGCUGGUCGUUGAUGUGGAGCCACAACCACAGGGUGGCGUUGAGGUUGGUUAAACGACGAUGCGAACAAAUGACGCCAGGAGUGGUGAAGUGUCUGGCUGCGGCGGUGAUGCCUCCUCCUCCGUGUUUGUGAAUCGGGAUGUUUAUUUUUUUGAGUUGCUUCUGUGUGAUCCACGAUCUGUUUCUGGGUGGUAACUACAGUCGCUGCUGCACAUUGCCGGAGAGGUUUAAAAAAAGAUGACAUUCGUGCAUCAUCGUCCAGUGUCCGCAUCUGCUGCUGUCAUUGUUACAGUGCGGACGCGGGUGAGGCUUGUGGUCAUAAUUCGUUACGAGGUGUUUGGAUAUAUCUUUGUUUAUAAUUUACAUUAAAUAAUAUUGUACGCAUAAAUAACCAUUUCGCGGCGGUGCGUGAGAAUACGAGAAACCAAAUAAAUAAGCAGACAAUGCUUUACGUAAUCUGUCGAAUUGCAUAGAAAUAAAACAAAGCUUUGUAAUAGUAA